AUGGCCCCGCACUGUCGCGGAGACCGCCCAGGGGGCGGGCCGCCGAGGGGCGGGGCUCUGGCCCGACCAGCGCUCCGCUGGGUCCUCCUCCGGCCGUGCGUCCAGGUGCGCGCUCCUCCCCGCGCUCCCGGGGCCUGGGCUCGACUCCUGCGCGCCAGCUUCCCGCCGCCCCGCCCAUCGCCUCUCCUAGCUCUCGGCUCCCGCCAGCUCGCAAAUUUCAUCUCCGCGCUUACCCGCCAGCCGUGGCGCCCGGCCUUAGCUCAUUCCCGCGUUGCCCGCGCCCCUGUCAGGGGCUGCCGCUGCCGGCUCCGACCCAUUUCUCAGUUGGAUUCCGGGGGAGGAAGUAGGAGCAGUCAUUUCCCACACAGUUGGCGUCGACUCUGGGAGAUUGAAUUCUUGGGGGGCAGGCACCCGGUUUCGGACCAUUCUGCGUGCUCACAGCGCCGAAGACUUCCGUAUUUCCCGAGACUUACCCCACCGUCCGUUGGAGGACGGCCAUCGCGACCACAGCUCCUUAGUCUCCCUCCUGAUGACUCGUCCUCUGGAGGAGCGCUGACUGCAUGCUUUCCUGUCCGGACUCCCCAGAUUAUCCAAGUUGGGCCGCGUCUCCCUUCUCCUGACUCCUGCCACUGCCCGACCCGGCUCGUGGCUUCCAGCCUCUGCCUCCCGGAUUUCACCCUACCCGCUCCCGGCACAUUUGCCUUUCUUAAACUGCAUUUCGUAUCCCCUUCAUGCGUUUCCCCUACACCCACCUCCCCCGCAUUUCUCUCCUGGUCAACUGUAAACGCCUGGCCUGGCCUGGCCUUUGAAGCCCACGGAAUCUAGACGCACUUAGCUUUUCCGUGUGUUUCCCACCCACGGACUGGAGCUCCCAAGUCUGGGUCGGUGGAUUUUUCAUUGUCUGAAGCAGCCGCCAUCCUUUUCUGCUGCUGAGGACCCCUGGCGAUUAUCUCUGUUAGCCCCGCACCCCCAACAGACUGCUGCUCAAUUAGGCCUCAAGCAUCCUGCUCUCCGAACAUCUUUACCCGUUUUUUUCUUUUUAAUGAUUAUUUAUUUUGAGAGAGAGAGAGAGGGGGGGGGGGAGGGAUGGAGAGAGAGAAUCCCAAGCAGGCUGAAUGCUCCAAGCUGUCCUGGGGCUUGAUUUCAGCAACUGGGAGAACGUGAUCUGAGCUGAAACCAAGAGCCCUGGAUGCUUAACCAGGCGUCCCUUUACUUGUUCAUUUCUGAAAGAAUCUUGGAAAAUUCUGCAUCCUCUCACCCAUUUUUCUAAAUGUUUAUGUUUGAGAGAGAGCGAGCGCGCCUGAGAGCGGGGGAGGGGC